CAGGUCGAAAACGUGAACAUAUUGACAGUAAAUUCAACGAGGAUCUUCCUGAAGAAAAAGAUUCACACCUCGAUAUACGCGUGGGAGAACGGCAAAUUCUAGUCGUAUCGGAAGUUAUUCUCGCCGUUUAUAUCUAUGGCAGAAAACUGGCAAAGAAAACUCUAUCUCCUUUUCUUACAAGAAAUUCAAAACACCUAAAAAAUGAAUUCACGAGUCAUUUCGCCACGCCCUAUACACAUACGAACUGGCCAAGAAAGAAAAAGAGUUUUUCUUGGCCAGUUCGUGUGUUGAAUUUCUUGACGCUGGCUGGUUGUUUAGUUGAAAUUCGAAUGAGAAGCGUAACGGGUCGUAAUGGUGAGAUCGAGCAUCUACCAGAGAAGGAGAUGGAGAAACUCUUUUUCGAACGACUUAGGAUGAAGCAUGUCGUCCAAAAGUACGCUGGUUGGUUGUUCAAUUUAAAGGAAUUUUUCGCG